CAGACACUUUCACUGGAAGACACUGACAGAGGGGAGUUAAGACACUGACGGCUCCUGACAAAAGCCUUUGUCACUUGGCUCUCUGGCGCAGAGAGAAAGCUACAAUCCUGAUCAAAGAUAAAGGUGACGUCAUGGUGUCAGCUGGGCUCCAGCUGCUCGCUUUCGUCCUGGCCUUAUCCGGAGUGUCUGGAGUACUCACAGCCACUCUGCUGCCUAACUGGAAGGUGAACGUGGACUCGGGCUCCAACAUCAUAACGGCCAUUGUGCAGCUGCAAGGGCUGUGGAUGGACUGCACAUGGUACAGCACCGGGAUGUUCAGCUGCACCCUGAAGUACUCCAUUCUGUCCCUCCCCGUCCACGUGCAGGCCGCACGGGCCACCAUGGUCCUGGCAUGUGUUCUAUCUGCUUUGGGAAUCUGCGCUGCUACAGUAGGGAUGAAAUGCACUCGCUUAGGAGGGGACAGAGAAACAAAGAGUCACGCUUCUUUUGCUGGCGGAGUCUGUUUCAUGUCUGCCGGGGUCUCUGGUUUGAUACCAACAGUGUGGUACACAAAGGAGAUUGUAGCCAACUUUCUGGAUCUGACAGUUCCAGAAAGCAACAAACAUGAACCUGGAGGAGCCGUCUAUAUUGGAUUCAUUUCGGCCAUACUACUCUUGAUCUCUGGCAUGAUUUUCUGCACUUCCUGCAUUGAAAAGAAUCCAGAAGCUUGGCUCUAUCCACCCAAGCAGCAGCACAUCUCCACCACACAACCAGAGGGCAAUUCAGCAUACAACCUGAAAGAUUAUGUGUAAAUAGCUGAAUGAGCAUGGACUUUUAGAUGCCUGCUGUGACUUCUGUCUUUUUGCUUUAGAGAAAAAAAUCUAAAUGAGGUCACUUAAAAUGCCGACAAACUACUAUGUACAAUUGUUUAUCUGUUUUAAGAUUAUUUUUCCAUUACUAUUUUCAUGUUU